GGCGGCCAUUCCCUCUAACCAGGUUACUCACUCGCGGGAGGGCCGAUCCGAGACACAUGGUGCCUUGAACUAAGAAAGACAAGCGCACACCUCCCACGCCUCUUUCAUGUACCGAUAGCCGUAGCCUGAGCUUGCACAGAGGACCAGCGUGAAAAGGGUUGGAACGACGCGACUCCAGACGAUCCGUGCUCAGCGAAAGCGAAGCAGUUUCGCCCUGGUAGGAUCCGACUGCUCUCCAACUGUCCGGCAAACUCACCAUGGGAGUUUUUGACGCUCUCCACAACUCGAGAACUUCGCACCGCUACGUCCUUUGCUGCAUGCCUUGUGAAACGCUCCGGCGGCCGGUGGCGAAUCGUGGGCUAUCGACGAUGCGCAGCGUUUGCCUCACUUGCGCGCCAAACUCGAGACCACAGCCAGCCAGUCGAUCCACGCACCGCAAUCGCUGUUGUGCCAGGUGUGCGCGGGUCCUAUAACGUUUGCGACGUGGAUCGAGCCGGGAUGCCCAUGCAGUCGUACCCGGCCUCGUGUAAAGCAAGGCAUGACUGCGACACUCAUCCUGCUCGACCCUGUGGAUGCACGGGAGCGUGCCGCACAUCGCGCGCAAGUGCUACCGGUUCUUUUGCCAGUGGAAGCGUAUUGCAGCGAUCAGCAAGACGCCUGCAAAUUCCGACAUGCGUCUUCGAAGCAGGGAGAGACAUGGAGCCGGGGUGUCCCCUGUGGAGCCGCGCGCGACACAGAGCUUGUAGUUGUUGAAAUCUGAGUGGAUUCUCCCGGAAAGGGUCGGAACAGCCUCACCAUGCUGAUUCUAUGCCUGUUAGAGCCGCACCACGCGCUACAGGCCUGGCGCGUUCAGUCCUGCCUAUAAAGCCGCCAGGAUAUUCGCACCAAAACACCUCAAAGCUUUUCGUUCACUCGCGCCCUCGUACUCUGCCUUCUCAAUGGUUGAAAAGACUGGAUCCUUCGUGGAAAAGUCUGCAUUUGCGAUCUCCGAGAAGGAGGCAUACUGGUACCAACGCCGAGUCUUUCUGCAAAAGGCGGGCUAUCGUCUGCGCCCGAAAUUCCAUCCCGAUUUCGUGGGUCCAAUCGGUGAUCAGAUUGCGCAGCACCCCAAAAAGCAUAUCAUGGAUGCGGACCGGAUAUAUGACGGUCAGCAAGUCAUGCUCAAAUGCAUUUCGAAGCGGAAGUUCCCGCACGAGGUCGAGAUCGGCCAGCUUUUCUCGACAGAUGCGAUGGCCAAGAACCCCCGGAACCGCUGUAUCCCGAUCCUAGAUACACUCGACGAUCCAUAUGAUGGGGACAAGCAGAUCAUCGUUAUGCCGCGACUCAUACGAUUCGAUGAGCCUUUGUUCGAUACCGUCGGGGAGGUCGUAGACUGCUUUCGGCAGUUGGCUGAGGGACUCCAGUUCUUGCACGACAACUUUGUCGCACACCGUGAUCUGAGCCUGCUCAACAUCAUGCAAGACCCCUCGCGUCUCUUCCCACGCGGCUUUCACCCGGUCAACUACUGUCUGAAUCCAACCAACGACGGGCUUGCAUAUUGCAUCACCCGCACCGAAUGCUGGCCCCAGUACCACAUCAUAGAUUUCGGUCUUUCUAGACGAUACGAUCCAGCCCACGGACCUCCGCACGAAACAGUCGUGCCCGGUGCCAGUGAAGUCACGCCCCCCGAGUAUGCCAGCGGCCAGUGCAACCCCUUCCCGGCUGACAUCUACUGCCUCGGAGAUCUCUUCAAGCGGCAUUUUAGGGCUGGUGGACACGUUCCUCUGGCGUUUUUGGCGCCGAUUGUGGACGCGAUGACGCAGAAGGACCCCGCCAUGCGGCCUACCAUCGGCGAAGUCAUCGCCCGCUUCAACGAUGUCUGCUGCCGACUGGGCUCGUGGGACCUGCGCAAGCCGGGCCAGAUGCUCGACUGGCCCGCGUGGAUAGACCAGCGGCUGCGACAGCUCAAGAACAUCUUCAAGGGCAGACGCCCGCUGUCGUCGCAGUGUCUCUUGUCGCUGUCGACCCCCAAACGGACUAGUAGUAGUAGUAGCACCGCUUUGAAUUCGCGUAUGAGGACUUUCUACACCCGGACUCCCAAAUCUGCAGGAAAGCCACGGUCGCUUGCGAAGCUCCGUUGACUCUCCUGCAGGCCCAGUGAUCUGUUACUUAUCCAGCUAUGCUCCAUGUAUUUAUGACUCAUGUUGUAACUUAUGUAUGUACCAUGCAUAACAUAUUCA